UAACACCGUUCCUUCUUUCUAAAUCUUCCCAUUCUCCACUUUUCAUCAUCGCGUCAUUCACUUCGAGCUUCCAACUUCUCUGUAGAUUUCAUUCUUUAUUGCUCAAGUCAGUUCCUUUUUUUUGACAGCAUAAAUAUUGAGGUCGAAAUUGUGAGUUUUGAAGUUGAUUAUACAAUUGAGGAAACAUGAGCAAUGCGAUUGGGAAUUACUUGCUGCAUCAAAGUUUUUUUACUCCUAGAGUUUUAGAGCAUCAGAGUCGAAGCAAUACUUCAACCUCUGUUUGGGGAAAUACCUUUCUCCAGCCUCAAGCAAAUUUACUAACACACCGAGCUCCUACAUCUACUGAGUUCCGGGGCAGAAGACUCACCCUGCAGAAAAAUAAAUUACAGAUGGGAAAGAUGCAUACAAUUUUAAGAUCCACAAAGGCUGUAUUGGCUGCUGAUCCAUCUUCUACGCAACAGAUGGAAAAGUUCAGACUCGACGAGAAGGUUGAAUUACAGAUUGCUGUUGGGCUUCCGACAUCUGGUUCUGCUUCAGUAGUAAAUAUUCAAGUUACAAGCAAUAGUGACGGCCUGCUUCUACACUGGGGAGCAAUAAAAAAACAACAAGAUAAAUGGAGUCUUCCACAAUGUCGUCCAGUUGGAACUAUGGAGUACAAGAACAAAGCACUUAGGAGUCCUUUCGUGAAAUCUGGUGCUAAUGCUGCACUGAGCAUAGAGAUUGAUGAUCCUGCAAUAGAAGCUCUAGAGUUUCUGAUAUAUGACGAAGCCCAGAAUAAAUGGUAUAAGUACAAUGGAGGAAAUUUUCGUGUUAAUUUGCCAAAGACAGAAUUAACAACUCCAAAAAUAUCAGUUCCAGAGGAUCUUGUUCAAGUCCAAGCUUAUUUGAGGUGGGAGAGGAAAGGGAAGCAGAUGUAUACCCCAGAACAAGAGAAGGCACCUCCCUCAACUAUGAUGCCCCCUGACUCGGUUUCUAUAGACAAGGCUGCAGAAACAAACUUCACAACCACUUCUGUCAAUAAUCCGCCAUACAAGAUUCAAUCAUUGGAAAUAGCAGUUGAAGAUGAAAACUAUGUGGGGAUGCCAUUUGUUCUUUUGUCUGGUGGAAACUGGAUAAAGAACAGCAGCACUGACUUUUAUGUUGAGUUCAAAACUAGCCCAGCAAAGGUUCAAAAGGAUGCAGGUGAUGGGAAGGGAACAUCAAAGUUUUUGUUAGAGAAAAUAGCCGACUUGGAAAGUGAAGCCCAGAAAUCGUUUAUGCAUAGAUUUAAUAUUGCAGCAGACUUGAUGGAUGAAGCGACAAGUGCAGGUGAAGUAGGUCUUGCUGGCAUUCUUGUGUGGAUGAGAUUUAUGGCAACAAGACAACUCAUCUGGAACAAAAAUUACAAUGUGAAACCAAGAGAGAUAAGCAAAGCUCAAGAUAGGCUUACGGAUUUGCUGCAGAAUGUCUACAAAAGUUUUCCUCAGUAUCGUGAAGUUAUACGCAUGAUUAUGUCAACUGUCGGACGUGGAGGUGAAGGGGAUGUUGGGCAACGAAUUAGGGAUGAAAUAUUAGUCAUUCAGAGAAACAAUGACUGUAAAGGUGGACUGAUGGAAGAAUGGCAUCAAAAGCUUCAUAAUAACACUAGUCCUGAUGAUGUUGUGAUCUGUCAGGCACUGAUGGAUUAUAUCAAGAGUGACUUUGACAUUAGUGUUUACUGGAAAACCUUGAACGAUAAUGGAAUAACAAAAGAGCGUCUCCUUAGUUACGACCGUGCUAUACAUUCUGAACCUAAUUUUAGGCCGGAUCAAAAGGAUGGGCUUCUGCGUGAUCUUGGACAUUACAUGCGAACAUUAAAGGCUGUUCAUUCAGGUGCAGAUCUUGAGUCUGCCAUCGCUAAUUGCUUGGGAUACAAAGAUGAGGGACAAGGUUUCAUGGUUGGAGUACAGAUAAAUCCUGUCCAAGGCUUGCCAGGAGGAUUUCCGGAACUACUCCUAUUUGUUGUGAACCACAUUGAAGACAGAAAUGUCGAAGCCCUGCUAGAGGGAUUGCUUGAGGCUCGCCAGGAGCUUAGACCAUUGCUUUCCCAGUCGAACGACCGCUUGAAGGAUAUUUUAUUCCUGGAUAUUGCCCUAGACUCUGCAGUUAGAACAGCUGUAGAACGUGGUUAUCAAGAGUUGAAUAAUGCUAGCCCAGAGAAAAUCAUGUACUUCAUCUCUCUUGUUGCUGAGAACCUCACACUUUCCGUGGGUGAUAAUGAAGAUCUCCUUUAUUGCUUAAAGGGAUGGAACUUAGCCCGGAGCAUGUGCAAGAGCAGCGAUGAGCACUGGGCAUUGUUUGCAAAAUCAGUCCUUGACAGAACUCGGCUUUCACUUGCAAACAAGGCUGAGGCCUACCAUCAAUUACUGCAACCAUCGGCAGAGUAUCUUGGCACACUGCUUGCGGUGGAUCAGGGGGCCGUCGAUAUAUUUACUGAAGAAAUCAUUCGAGCAGGAUCAGCAGCUUCACUGUCCUCCCUUCUCAAUCGACUUGAUCCCAUUCUUCGAAAAACUGCUAAUCUAGGAAGUUGGCAGGUCAUCAGUCCAGUUGAAGCUGUUGGAUAUGUUGUUGUAGUUGAUCAAUUGCUUUCUGUUCAGAAUAAGUCUUACUCAAGACCAACAAUAUUGGUUGCAAAAUCUGUAAAAGGGGAGGAAGAAAUUCCUGAUGGUGCUGUAGCAGUACUGACUCCGGACAUGCCUGAUGUUCUGUCGCAUGUUUCUGUUCGAGCCAGGAACAGUAAGGUUUGUUUUGCCACUUGCUCUGAUCCCAAUAUAUUGGCUGACAUUGAGGCACAUGAAGGAAAGUUGUUGCAUUUAAAACCAACAUCUGCCGAUGUGGUAUACAGUGAGAUGAAAAAUUACGAGCUAGUAACUUCAGCUGACUCAAAUGAAGCUUCAUCUGCUCCAUCUUUGUCUUUGGAGAGAAAGCAGUUCUCUGGAAGAUAUGCGAUAGCAUCUGAAGAAUUUACAGAUGAACUGGUUGGGGCCAAAUCACGCAAUAUUGCACAUCUAAAAGGGAAAGUUCCUUCUUGGGUUAACAUCCCAACUUCUGUUGCUUUACCAUUUGGUACUUUUGAAGCAGUCCUUUCAGAUAAGUCAAAUCAGGUUGUGGCAGAGAAAUUGCUAGUUCUGAAGAGAAGGUUAUAUGAAGGAGACUUUAGUUUGCUUGGUGAGAUUUGAAACACAGUUUUGGAUCUUGCAGCACCACCACAGUUGAUUAAAGAGCUGAAGGAGAAGAUGCAAAGUUCUGGCAUGCCGUGGCCUGGUGACGAAGGUGCAGAGAGAUGGGAGCAAGCAUGGAUGGCCAUAAAGAAGGUAAG